GGGGGGUGUGUGUGUGUGUGUGUGGAGUGGGAGCACUCCCUCGGCUGAGCUGCAGUGUGUGGUGUGUGUACACCUGAUCCCGUGGGAGCGGAGCAGAGUCGCUCGAAGUCAAGAUAAGAAAAAAAGAACCAGUGAGAACGUGGGUGAUAUUCCGUCCAUUUAUCAGGCAAAGGCCGUUUUAACUGGAGGAGCAUUGCAUGACUGCCUUGUGCAUUAUACCUACAAGUUAAAGGGACAUUGUCACCUGGUCUGAAGUCCUGAGAGAAGCCAGUUGGAUUGGAAGAUGAUGGCAAACUUCACGACUCAGAUCCCCCGCGAGGAGCUGGAAGAAAUGAGGGAAGCUUUUAACAAGAUAGACAUUAAACACUGUGGCUAUGUCAGCCACUACGAGCUCCAAGACCUCUUCAAGGAGACAAACCUCCGUCUGCCUGGCUACAGGGUGCGUGACAUUGUGGAACAGAUAAUCACGGCUGCAGAUCACAACCAAGAUGGGAAAAUCGACUUUGACGAGUUUGUGUCGGUUUGUCAGGAGCUUAAAGACAAAGACAUCAGCAAAACCUUCCGAAAAGCCAUUAACCGAAAAGAGGGGAUCUGUGCUAUCGGUGGCACCUCUGACCGCUCCAGCGAAGGAACUCAGCAUUCCUACCACGAGGAAGAGAAAGUUGCCUUUGUGAACUGGAUUAACAAAGCGUUAGAAAACGAUCCAGAUUCUAAACAUUUGAUCCCCAUGGACCCGAGCAGUGACCGUUUAUUCAGUGCAGUUGGCGAUGGAAUCCUUCUAUGCAAAAUGAUAAACUUGUCCCAACCAGACACAAUCGAUGAGCGGGUAAUCAACAAAAGGAAGCUUACACCAUUCACUAUUUCUGAAAACCUGAACCUUGCUUUGAAUUCGGCAUCUGCAAUCGGUUGCACAGUGGUGAACAUUGGAGCUCAGGAUCUGAAAGAAGGCAGACAUCACCUGGUCCUGGGUCUUUUAUGGCAGAUUAUAAAGAUCGGCCUCUUCGCUGAUAUUGAAAUCACCAGGAAUGAAGCUCUCAUAGCUUUGCUGAUGGAAGGUGAAGAGUUGGAGGAACUGAUGAAGCUUUCGCCAGAAGACCUCCUUCUGCGUUGGGUCAAUUACCAUCUUUCAAAUGCAGGAUAUCAAAAUAUCACCAACUUUAGUCAAGACAUCAAGGACUCCAGGGCUUAUUUCCACCUCCUCGAUCAGAUUGCACCCAGAGGAGAUGGUGAUCAAAUGAACAUUCAGAUUAACAUGUCUGGUUUUAAUGAAAAGGAUGAUCUCAAGAGGGCAGAAUACAUGCUCCGAGAAGCCGAUAAACUGGGCAGCAGGCAAUUUGUUACCCCGGCUGACAUUGUCAGCGGCAAUCCUAAACUUAACCUGGCCUUUGUAGCCAACUUGUUCAAUACAUUCCCAGCUCUCAAGCCAAACCUGGACUACGACCUCACUUUGUUGGAAGGUGAGUCGAGGGAAGAGAGAACCUUCCGGAAUUGGAUGAAUUCACAGGGGGUGUGUCCCUUCGUCAAUCACUUGUACAGUGAUAUGACUGAUGGCUUAGUAAUCUUCCAGCUGUAUGAGCGCGUCUCUGUGCAAUUCGACAAGAGCCGUGUCAACAAGCCUCCGUAUCCAGCGCUUGGCGCUAACAUGAAGAAACUUGAAAACUGUAACUAUGCCCUUCAUCUGGGCAAGACCAAGGCCAACUUCUCCCUGGUAGGCAUUGGUGGGCAAGACUUGAACGAAGGCAAGCCAACACUCACAUUAGCGCUGGUGUGGCAGCUCAUGAGAAGGUACACACUGAAGGUACUAUCUGAUCUGGGAGAAGGGGAAAAGGUGACGGAUGAUUUUAUUAUAAAAUGGGUGAACGAAACACUUGCAAAUGCAAAGAAGAGCAGCUCGAUUACUAGCUUCAAGGAUAAAAGCAUCAGCACCAGUUUGCCAGUUAUAGACUUGAUAGAUGCCAUUGCCCGUAACGCAAUCCGCUACGAGCUGGUCAAACACACAGACUUUUCAGACGCAGAUAAGCUGAACAACGCUAAAUACGCCAUAUCUGUGGCAAGAAAAAUAGGAACGCGAGUAUAUGCUUUGCCCGAAGAUCUGGUGGAAGUGAAGCCAAAGAUGGUGAUGACGGUCUUCGCUUGCUUAAUGGGGAAAGGCUUGAAGCGGGUAUGAAGAGAUGCGGUUUCACCAAGUUCACACUCAUUUCCGUCCGCCAUAUCAAACCAGUUCACAAAAUCCAUCUGUCAGAUUCAGGUUUUCUUUUCUCCCCCCUUCCACCCACCCCUUCCUUCCUGGAAAAAAAAUAGUUUUCAGCAAAAAAACAUAUGAGACACACGAGACUAUUUUCAGAAACAAAACGCUAACUGGAAAUUUUCACCCUUGAACGCUUAUGGAAUUCCUGUCUCUCCAUUUGAAAUUGACCUGUAUUUAAUUUUCCUAUUGAUGUUAAAUUAAGAUUUACACUCCUUCCA